AUGGUGGAUCAAAUAAUAAAUUAUGCUCCUAUUGAAUGUCUCCACCUGCAAACCAAACCCCCCACCACUUCUUUCCUCUUCUUCGUCUUCUGUCUCUCCCUCUCUCUCAGAAUUUCCUCCUUUUUCCUUGUGUAUCUUUUUGUUUGUUUAUUCCUUUGGGUUUCCCAAACACCAAACCUGACGGAGCCAUCGUCGCCGGAACCCUCGGCCUCCGCCGUCGCUCCCCCUCGUGGGGAUGCCGCCGUUGAGGUCCCUCCGCCGCCACCCGAUCCUUCUCCGGCGGCGGAGCCACUUGCUCUUCCUCCUCCACCCCCGCUGCUGGAAGCGGAUCCACUGCCGUCCGAUCUCCAACUGACGCAGCAGUCGCCGGAUUCCAUGAUUUCUUCUCGGGAUCCCGAUGCCCUCUUCAGCGGCGGCGGAAUCAGUUUUCUAGCAGGAACUCAGACAGUGAAAUUCAGUUAUGGGUAUUCUAGUCUCAAGGGUAAACGAGCAACAAUGGAGGAUUUCUUUGAGACGAGAGUAUCUGAACUGGAUGGACAGAUGGUUGCCUUUUUCGGUGUUUUCGACGGUCAUGGUGGCGCUAGAACCGCAGCAUAUCUUAAGGACAAUCUUUUCAAGAAUUUGAUCAGUCAUCCUGGUUUCAUCAAGGACACAAAGACAGCCAUUGUUGAAGCAUUUAAACAGACGGAUGAAGAGUACCUCAAUGAAGAGAAAGGCCAACAAAAAAAUGCUGGCUCGACUGCAUCAACUGCGCUGCUUCUAGGGAACAAGUUGAUUGUUGCAAAUGUCGGCGAUUCUAGAGUGGUCGCAUCUAGAAGUGGCUCAGCUGUUCCACUUUCUAUUGACCACAAACCUGAUAGAUCAGAUGAGCGCCAAAGGAUUGAAGAGGCUGGUGGUUUUAUCAUCUGGGCUGGAACGUGGCGAGUUGGUGGAAUUCUUGCUGUUUCCCGUGCAUUUGGGGAUAAGCAACUUAAGCCCUAUGUCAUUGCAGAGCCAGAAAUUCAGGAGGAAGACAUCAGCACAGUGGAGUUUAUAAUUAUUGCUAGCGAUGGGCUUUGGAAUGUCAUGUCAAACAAGGACGCUGUGGCAAUAGCACGGGACAUUUUAGACACGGAAGCAGCAUCAAGAAAGCUGGUGCAAGAAGCAUAUGCAAGAGGUAGCUGCGAUAACAUUACCUGCAUUGUUGUUCGAUUCGAGGUUUCGUGAGCAAGAACUGUUUCGACUCGUUAAAGGUCAGUCAUAUCAAACUUAGCAAAGAGAGGGUUGAAGCAGGUCUUAUUACAGCUGCUUUGCUCCAAAAAUACCUGAGAACUAUUCUCUCUGUUGUAUUCCUUCCAUGUUCUUGUUUUAGCCAAACAGUGUCAUUGUUCACACUUUUAGUAAGUAAUAAAUUAAGAGGAAAAUAGAAUUA